AUGUCCAUGGCCGAUGUCCAGCCUGCUGGAUCGCAGAGUGGAAGCGCUGGCGUGUGCUGCUUGGACUCGGGGAAGAAGUUUCACGGCUUGAUCUCCGAGACCAUGAAGCGAUAUCCCUCUGCAGUGGAGGUGAGAAGUAUGCCAACCUUUCUCCGCAGUGGUGACAGACGUAACAUCGAGGUGUUGCAGCGCACCGGAAACCUCUCAGCCACAUAUGCGACAAGGCCAUUGCCCAUGCAAGCAGUGGCCAUCCCUGGAUAUCGAGGGCACAUAUCAGGGAAGGUGUCUGAAAACAUCCACGGAGGCACAUUUGGUUCAGAGAACCAUUUGGCCACGCAGUCGCUGCCCAUUAGGUCUAUGCGACGCACCUGGUCUGAGCCAUUCCGGCGGGGGCAUCCUGAUUCAGCGCUGGGGACAGGCAAGGGCCUGGAGGUGCCCUCCAGGAUCCCAGGCUACGCUGGGAACAUCCCGGGGAAACUGUCCGAAACGGUUUACGGCACGCGCUUCGCGGAAGCCAAUGAAUCCGCUCAGAUGCUGCGAACGUCGAACCCCAAUGUUACAUGCGAUGGCUGGCUGAAGCGUGGCGUCUUUCCUGUGGACCGAAUGCACACAUACCAGUGGAACAAUCGCUUCGUGCAGACGGGAGGGCAGGCCAGCGUUGUGAUUGGUCCUUUCAGCCAGCGACUCUCGGUGCCAGGCGCUCUUCUCAGCUGCGCAAGAUGA